ACAUUAGAAUUUGCUUUUCAAAUUUCUUUUUUAUAGGGAUAGUGAUUUUUAAAAAAAGGUUUUCGAUGAUGAAUUUGUGUAUUUUAUUAAUAAUUUGCACUUUUUUCAUCUUAGAGUUUCACACGGUUGAAGGACAGCAAAACCCAUCCAUCUCUUACAUUACAAAGACACAAUAUGCAAAUCUUGGUGACACCAUCGAUUUGCAUUGCUCUGUACAUUAUGCUUCUCAAUAUCCGGUUUUAUGGGUGAAAGUAAAUGAACGUGGUUCAGCGUCAGUUAUAUCACGAGACAGUACACAAAUCAUUCCUGACCAGCGGUACUCCAUUAGACAUGAUGAUGCUAGUAGUACUUAUACAUUGCAAAUUAGCAAAAUUCAACAGGUUGAUACUGGGCUGUACCAAUGUCAAGUUAUUAUUGGGUCAGCCAGUAAACUGAGUGAGGAUGCUUGGGUACAUGUGAGAAUUCCACCAAUAAUCUUAGAUAACAGCACGCAAACUGUGCAAACUACGUCUGGGGCUACAGUAUCUCUUCAUUGUUACGCAACUGGGUACCCUGAACCAAAAGUGUCUUGGAGAAGGGAAAACAACGAUAUUUUACCCACUGGAGGAGCUGUUUAUCGAGGAAAUAUUUUGUCUAUACAUAACAUUAGUAAAUAUGACAGGGGUACUUACUACUGCAUUGCUGAAAAUGGUGUUGGUAAAGGAGCUCGUAGACACGUGGGUGUCGAAGUAGAAUUUGCGCCUGUUGUUUCUGUUCCUCUCACCCAUUAUCGACAAGCUUUGGGGUAUGACAUGGAUCUUUACUGUCAAAUAGAAGCAUAUCCAGAUCCAUCCAUCCUAUGGUUAAAAGAUCAACUUCAAAUUUUUGACAAUCAGAGAGAGCAUUUUAUCACAACAUUUAGCUCUGAGCCUGGUUUUAUCGAAACAAAACUACGAGUUGCGGAAAUAGAAAGUGACGAUUAUGGAACAUACACAUGUAAAGCUAUUAAUAAGCUAGGCCAUGACCAAAAGUAUAUCAGGCUUGAUGAGUCACAUAAGAUUGAAUGUCCUCCUGCUUGUGGGCUGUCUGAAGCAAGCUCAUUCCAAGGCUUCAAUUUUGUUUUACUAAGUGCAUUUAGUUUUUUUCUCAGCAUAUUUUAUUGCCUUUUAUAGGAAAUAAUUACUGAGAGUGUUUUUAUGUGUUCUAAGUCUUUGAAAGUGUUUUCUAAUCAAACAUUAAGAAAAUGCAGUGCAAAUAUUAGAACAAUGUUCAAUUAUUAAUUUUACUUGAUCAUACUAUGCAUUGUUAGUGGAUAUUAACAUGCAUUGUUCUUCAGUUUUCUGCUGAAUUUUCCUUUUUAAUUAUCUUUUCAAAGGCUCUAAUAGGACCUUAUAAACAUUGAAUAUGGAAAUACUUUACUCCGUCCAUUGUUGAAAAAGUUACACUGAUGAUUCAAGGUGAAUUUUACAAAUGCAAUCAUGUUUUGCAUUUGUACUGUUAUCUGAACUUGCACAAGUACCUUAAGCUACAGAAUAUGUAAAACUAAUAUCAUCAUUCAUUAGCGUUGAACUUUUCAGAAGAUUUAAAUUACUAAACUAUUUUAUGGUUGGUAGUUGAACUAUUUUAUGCAUUGCAGUAUGUACUAUUUACAGAGAAUCUUUUAGGGCAAUUCCACAAAAAUGUCAACUUGAGCAUCAAAAUUUCAGUAUUAAGAAAACUAUAAGUAUUGUAUAUCAUUUAAAAGCUUGAAAUAUAUAUUCAAAAAGUGUACCAAGUUAAAUUUUAAUUUAUAACUUUUUGUAUUGAAAAUAAGCAGUAAGAGAUCCCUAUGUCCUUUCCGGAUUUUUUGGGGGAAAAUUUGGUAUGUAGUAAUCAAAUUUUUUCCUAACACAAAUUCUAACUAAAAGGAAAGCAGGUUAGGGUAUUUUGUUAUACUCAUAAUGCAGUUUUAUACUGGAAGUCCUCAGCAUGAAAAUAAUUGGUGAAAAUUUUUCAAAAUUCGUAUUCUCUGCCUACACCAGGAACAUUUAAAUACUGAGCAAGUAGAGUUUGAAGUUUACAUCCAGAACACCGAAAACUCCUUGGUAACUGACUGACGCACUUGAUACGGUAACUGACUGAUAUUAACUAAAAAUGGUUGCAAUGUAUUAAACUUAAUGCUCCUGAAAACAGAUUUCCUUUAUUUUUAGCCUUUUAAGUGAUAUCAAACAAAUCAACUCUUUAAAUUUAAAAAAAAAAGAUAAUAUUUUAUUGAUUUUAUUCAUUAUUCAUUCUAACAUAAUUUAGUAAUGUUUGGGCCUAAAUUUCAAAAAUAAUAGCCUAAUAUUAAAAAAAAUACGUCAAUUCAAAAGAGAAGAGGAAAGCAUUUUACAGUCAGUACAGCCAAAAGACAAAUUCAUAAUAUCACAACUUUCACAGGGGGGAAAAAAUUCAAAAUAUGGUAAGCAACUGCUAGUAAAGAACAUUUCUAUGGAGUUUCUUAUGAUCUACAAUAUUUUGUAGAAAGACUAAUUACUGAUAGAUAGUAAUAGGGGAAAGGUUGAGGUGAAAUUCUUGAAGAAAAGGACUUGUUCAAUCAUAUGAGUGGCUAAGAUGAUGUAGAGGAAAUAGAAAUAGUUUACCUUUAAUAGUUUAAUAAAUUUACAAGGAUGUGAUCUAUUUUUAAACACUGAAAAAAAAAAAAAAAAAAAAAAAAAAAAAAAAAAAAAGAUUGUCUAAUCCUCUAGCAAUUAAAAAAAAAAAAAACUAUGAAGGGAAAAGAGGUUAUCAAUAAAAAAAAAAAUCUUAUUUUAAUUGCUUUUCUUUUGUGUAGAGUUUUAUUUACAAUCUUUAAGGCUGAUAGAUAUUCGGUCAAACACAUUAAUAGAUGCUACAAAAAAAUACUAAGGAAGGAAGUGCUGCAGAGUUGCAAGUGCCUACAGUUUUUGUUAUUUCAUAUACUACAGCUAGGGUACACUGAGGGUGUAAACUAUUUCAAUCUUUUUAUUCGUUUUGCAUCGCCCUUGCUUUUAAACGUUAUAAUUAGCAUAUUAAAACUAUUUUGUAGUAAUUUUCUAUAUGGUCUAUUAUUUUGGGGUCCUCAUAGGCUGAAGGCCCCCUAAAUUAGCCCUAAUGGUAAAGAAAACUCUUCUUUUGUACACACUUAUUUGUAUGUUUUACUGCGUAAUUCUGAAUUUUUUAAUGUUAGGAUAUAUAGGAAAUUUAGAAAUGUCAGUCAUUUAGCAAACAAAGCUAUUCUAAUUACGGUAAUUUUGUUAUUUUAGUAAUAUUCUUGAAAUCUUUUUCCAUAUGCCGGAAGGUUAUUCAUUUUUCCUUGAUCCCGAAUUAAAUUUUUGAAUAAUUCCUUUUGCUUUUAGAGGAGAAUCUCUUUCAUUGAAUCUAUAUUACUUUUUCCACAGGUUGCAUUCAUGCCAAUCAUUUACCAUAAUUUUAACAUUUUUUAAAAAUCAUCUAAAAUGAAUUUAAAAAAUCAAAUAUACCAUUAAAUUCAGCUUGAAAAAAUCAAUAAACUAGGAGAAAAUGUUUUUUGAUUUUUUAAUUUUUUAAUGAAUAUUUUGUGUUGGCAUGUUUGUAAUAUCAGUCAGUUGCCAAUAUGUUAGUGAGUUACCAACUUGUUGUAAAUACUGCAAAUAUUUAUUUUAGCAAUACAGUGGUCAGUGAUUUUAUGAAUAACAUUUGUUCUAAACAGUUUUUAUUCCAUAAAGUGGCUGAUUCAAUAAAACGGCUAGUUCAAUAAAGCUGGAUUUUGUUUUGUUUUUGGCAAUUUGAUUCAUUAAAGCGGUUGGCUCAAUUAACCACUGAUUCAAUUGACUGGAGUCGACUCUGUCAAAUAUAACAAAUGUAUUUUCAUUGCUUACCUUUUAUGUAAACUUAUUUAUUGGUUUUGCUGCUUAAUUUUGAACAUUUGCAUUAGUACAGUUAGAAAAAUUCAGAAAUGUCAGUCUGUUAACCAAGCUGUUCUAAUUAGUGUAAUUCUUUAUUGUAGCAAUAUCUUCCAACUCAACUGCCAUAGGCGGAAAGUUUGUUCAUUGUUCUUUGAUUAUGAUUUGAAUUUUAUAAAGAGUCCUUUUUCUUUUAGAAAAAUCUCUUAUUGAAUUAGUUUUACUUUUCACAUAAAUUGCAUUCAUGUCUGUCAGUUACCAUGCUUUUAAAAAUUUUUCUAAAAUCACCCAAUAUGUAUUUUGGAAACUGAACUGUACCAUGAAAUUCG